GCCCGGCUAGGCUGGGCUGCAGCAUCCGCUUAAUGUGCAUUGGGGUCAGGAGGGAUGGUUCUGACUGCGAGCGCCCUGGCUGUGCCGCCGGACUUGGGAACGUCUUCCUCACUCGGUCUUUAUUGCAUUUGGAAAACGCAGAGCGAUUAACUUUUCUUGGGCGGGGAGAAAAAGCUGAAGGGGGAAAAAGUCGGCUCGAGAGCUCGUCGUUAACUGCUCGGCGACUCCCAGCUAUCUAACUGUUGGGAAAGGGAAAAUGGAGGAGGGGGGGAAGGGGAAGAAAGAGGAAAGGAAGGGGGAGAGGGGGAAAACACGCGCGCGCGCGCGCACCCACACCCCUUUGGCUUCCAAUGUAAUGAAAUGAACUGCCUGUAAUGUGUAAUCUUUAGGUAAAGGCAGACUAAUGGGCUUCCCAUUGAUAUAGUCCCCAGCUAGCGUGAAGGAAGGCUGUGGGCUGAAAUGAUGCUUGCAUGUGAUGAUAAGUUGUGCUACUCUUGUCUCUUUGUUGACAAUUCCAUGAAACAACUUGAGUUUUGCAUGGCUUAGCAGUGGGGCCCCUGACGUCACGGGCAGUCACGUGGCCCCGCCUCCUGCUAUAUCUUUAAGUGGAAAGUAAUCUAUCAGCCCAGUCUUUAAAACAGGACUUUCAACUAAGGGGGCUUUUGAGUCCCUGUGACACCCCCCCUCCCCCUUUGGGUUUCCCCCCCUUCUCUCUCCUUCUGCAGCCACUUGGAGAUAACCAUCCCACACCCCUCGGUCGCCAGCCAGCACCUCUCCUCCUCCUCCUCCUCCCCCCCCCCCACAUCCAGGGGGAGAGAGGGAGAGAGAGAAGGAGAGGGAGGAAGACAGGAAGAGAAAGAAGUAAAGGGGCAAAAUCUGGAAGCCGCCGAAAGCCGAGGGGAAACGAGGGAGCCCCUUCCAAAAAGAGAGGAGAGCCGAGGAGGAGACGGGGAAGCAGACGGAGUCACCUGCAGCUGCUCACAUGAGAAGCACCGAAAGCCGGGGAGUUUGAGCUGAAGGCAGCCGGGGAGCCACCUGCAACCCCCUCCUCCCUUCUCCCCUUUCCUCCCUCCGCUUCCCCACCCCCAGCCCUCACCUCUCCUUCUCCCCCUCCCCCGAUUUUUCCAUCUUUCGGGACCGAGAAGACCCCCCCUUCGCCGCCUCUGCCCAGCCCAGCCCAGCCAGCCCCCUAACUUGCCCCACGCUCCCACCUCCUCCCUCCCCUGCUUUCCUCCCCGCUGCCACCACUCCCUCCCCAGCACCGCCGCGGCCGCCGCCGCCGCCACUAAACUCCGAGAAGGUAUGACCCUCUCCGGCAGCGGCAGCGCCAGCGACAUGUCCGGCCAGACAGUGCUGACGGCCGAGGACGUGGAUAUCGAUGUGGUGGGCGAAGGGGACGAAGGGCUCGAGGAGAAGGACAGCGACGGCUGCGGCUGCGAGAGCCCCGCGGGGCCCCCCGAACUGCGCCUGGACGAGGCGGACGAGCAGCCGGCCCUGGCGCAGCAGCCCCAGCAGCCCCAACAGCCCCAGCCCCUGUGCCUCCCCAAGGAGGCGGCCCCGGCGGCGGGGGGGGACCCGAGCGGCGGCAGUCCGGCCGAGGCGGACGGCAAAGGCGGAGGGGGAGGAGGCGGGGGCGGAGGAGGUGGGGACGAGAGCGGCGGCGGGGGCGGCUGCAGCAGCGGCGGCGGCGGCGGCGGGCCGGCCGCGGGCCUGGCCCCCAGCAAGCCCAAGAACAGCCUGGUGAAGCCUCCCUACUCGUACAUCGCGCUCAUCACCAUGGCCAUCCUGCAGAGCCCGCAGAAGAAGCUGACCCUGAGCGGCAUCUGCGAGUUCAUCAGCAACCGCUUCCCCUACUACCGGGAGAAGUUCCCCGCGUGGCAGAACAGCAUCCGCCACAACCUCUCGCUCAACGACUGCUUCGUCAAGAUCCCCCGGGAGCCCGGCAACCCGGGCAAAGGCAACUACUGGACGCUGGACCCGCAGUCCGAGGACAUGUUCGACAACGGCAGCUUCCUGCGGCGGAGGAAGCGCUUCAAGCGGCACCAGCAGGAGCACCUGCGCGAGCAGACGGCGCUCAUGAUGCAGAGCUUCGGCGCCUACAGCCUGGCGGCGGCCGCCGGGCCCUACGGCCGCCCCUACGGGCUGCCCCCGGCCAGCGCCUACCCGCACCCGGCGGCCGCGGCGGCGGCGGCGGCGGCGGCGGCUCUGCAGUACCCCUACAUCCCGCCCGUGGGGCCCAUGCUGCCGCCCGCCGUGCCGCUGCUGCCCUCGGGGGAGCUGGGCCGCAAGACGGCCGCGUUCGGCAGCUCUCCGCUCAGCCCGGGCCUGCAGCUGCAGCUCAACAGCCUGGGCGCCGCGGCGGCCGCCGCCGCCGCCACCUCGUCGCUCAUCAAGGCCGAGCCCAGCAGCCGGCCCUCCUUCAGCAUCGAGAACAUCAUCGGCGUGUCGGCCGCGGCCGGGGGCUCGGCCGGCGGCGGCAGCCCGGGAGGCGGCCCGGGCGGGGGCGCGGGGGCCGGGGCGACCGGAGGCGGCCCGGGCGCCGGGGCUGCCGGAGGCGUCGCGGCGGCGGCGGCGGCGCAGACUUUCCUGCGGCCACCGGUCUCGGUACAGUCGGCGGCUCUCAUGGCCACGCACCAGCCGCUCUCCCUGAGCCGGACCACGGCGGCCAUCGCGCCCAUCCUGAGCGUGCCCCUCUCCGGACAGUUCCUGCAGCCCGCAGCCUCGGCGGCGGCCGCGGGACAAGCCAAGUGGCCGGCUCAAUAGUAGCCCCCGCCGUCCCCCGCCCCUGACCCUCCCCGGCCGGCCGCGGCCGGCCCCAGGGGCCCGAGAACUUGAGCUCCAGCUCGGGCCUCCCCCUGCCCCGCCCCGCCUCCCCCUGCCCGGCGCUCUCCGACCCCACUCGCUUGCCCAGCGAUCCCCCCACCCCGAGCGGAGCACCCUUUCCCGGGGCCCCUUCUCCGGACCGGCGCACCCCGAGGCCCCCCACCCUGAGCCGCGCACCCCUGUUAGAUGGGCAGCCGAGGGAGCCUGACCUCGCUCCCUCCCCCCCUACUCCUGGCACCCACAAACACACUUGGUGCGAGCAAAUAUGAAUGAAGCUGGCAGAAGUGCAUUCUGUACAGGUAAAAAGAAACUCAGAAUCACCCAAAGGCCCGAAGGCGACAGCACCCAGUACCGCGGGGAGGAAUCAUUUGUACAUAUUUGUAUAAAAAUUAUUGACUUUCCUUUUGGGGUUUUUAUUUUUUUAAGAAAAACAAAUCCGGUAGAUUUAGAGCUCUGAACUUUCAUUUUUUGGAAGGUUCACUCUCCGCAGUUUUAUCUGAGAAAAAAAAAAGUGUAUAAAAUCGUUGGGAAAUUUUAAAUAUAAAAAAAAUUUUCAAAAAGGCGAAAAAAGUGUCAUUCUAUUAUAGAAGUCUGUUUAUAUAUGAAUGAAUAUAUGUUAUUCUAAAUGUUAUUCCAUCGUGUCGUACAUAACUUUGUAAAUAAAUUUUUAAAAUGCUGA